AGCCACCCGGAAGGCUGAGCCCUCUCCCGCCCGCCGGCCCCACCUGGAGAGGAGCUUAAAGGCCGGCCGGGUGGCCCCGCAGGCGCAGCGCCGGCUCCCGCACCAUGCCCAAGGCCCGCAGCGUGCUCGUCCUGGCCGGGCUCCUGGCUCUCUGGGCAGAGCUGCCUCCAGCAUCCGCCCAGAAUGUCACCACAAAAGCCGGCGUGUGCCCGGACCCGGCGACGACGGAAGCGGUGAACUGCACGGUGGGGUGCCAGUCCGAUGGCGACUGCGAGAGCACCCUCAAGUGCUGCCCGGCGGCCUGCGGCAAGGCCUGCCAGAAGCCCGACGAGAAGCCUGGCACCUGCCCACCUGUCAGUCCAGGGAUCCCCAUGCUGGGCGUUUGCACAAACCAGUGCAAGACGGACUCCAACUGCUCCGGGAGCCAGAAGUGCUGCAGGAAUGGUUGCGGCAAGGUCUCCUGCGUGACACCACUCCACUGAGGCACGGCCGCCUCCUACCAGCCCAGCCACAGGGAAGCUGCUGCCCAAUGCGAGUCCCACACGCCCAGGCCCCGGCCCUGCACCGUCCUCCCCGGUCUGGCCACGCUCCCAGCUCGGAGCCUUCAGCCUCAGCUUCCUCCCCGGGGUCCCCUGCUUGGGGUGCGCCGCAGCCCCUGGCACUGUCACCAAUAAAGCAGCCUCUCCCUGCCA